AUGAGGAGGAGAGAGAGAGCCACGGUCCCGGCUGGGUCCAGACACGGUCCCAGGUUGGAGGUCUUCCUGAACGGUUCCUUUGUGAUCCGGUCUGUGACGCUGCAGGACCGCGGGCAGUACCUGUGCACGGCUCAGAACCUCUGGGGCUCGGAUCGCGGCCUGGUCUCCCUCACGGUUCAGACUGAGGCCCCCAGGAUCCAGACUCGUCCUGGUUCAGACCCUCUGACCCUGUACCUGGGACAGAGCGCUGCGCUGCACUGCUCUGCCUCAGGGCGGCCGCGGCCUCAGGUCUCAUGGAUCCUCCCAGACCUCAGCUUUGUGAGAGACGUGGACUUCAGCUCCACCAAGUCAUUUGCCUCUGCUCUGGCGUCCCCGUUGGCGUCCCCGUUGGCGUCCCCGUUGGCGUCCCCGUUGGCGUCCCCGUUGGCGUCCCCGUUGGCGUCCCCGGUGGCGUCCCCGUCCCCUGUGGUCCUGCUCGCCAACGGGACGCUCCUGCUCCGUUCUGUAAACUUCUCCAGUUCAGGAGAAUACAAGUGCAUCUCCAGCAACGCCGCAGGGGCAGACUCAGUCACACACCAGGUGUAUGUGACGGCACUACCCCCAACCAUCAAGGAGAAGGAGGACGACACCAUGACCAUUCACACUGGCCACAGUGGGCUGGUCCACUGCUCGGCCCGAGGCGAGCCCCCCCCCUCUCUGAAGUGGACUCUCCCUGGAGGCCUGUCAAUCAAACCUUCGCAAUUCGUAGGACGUACCAUCUUUGUGUUCCCCAACGGCACCCUGUACAUGAGGGAUGUGGCGCCCUCUGCUGCCGGGAGAUACGAGUGCUUGGUGUCGAACCCGGUUGGUGUUUCCAGACGCACAGUUCAUGUGGAGGUGUCUGCAGAUUACCCAUCAGCCACUGCUCCCCCUCUCCCCCCUCACAGCGCCCCCUCCAAGCCACACCCUGUCCCUCUCCCCCCUCACAGCGCCCCCUCCAGGCCACACUCUGUCCCUCUCCCCCCUCACAGCGCCCCCUCCAGGCCACACCCUGUCCCUCUCCCCCCUCACAGCGCCCCCUCCAGGCCACACCCUGUCCCUGCGAUGUAUGGCUCUGUGGUCUAUCUGCACUGUCCUGAGUCCACAGGCUCCAAGAGAGGAACUGUUCUGGAGCGUCCCGUCAGAGUGUUCAGAAACGGAACCCUGCGGAUCCUUCAGCUCACAGAGACCGACGCAGGGAGCUACAGCUGUGUGUUCAGCCGAGACCAUGGAGAGACCCUGCAGCUAUUCCAGGUGGAGGUCCUGAUGACUCCUCCCACAAUCCAACAUGUCAGAGCGGCUCACACCAAAGGUCCGGAGGGAGACAACUUCCAGGUGGACUGUGUGGCCUCAGGUCUCCCGGACCCCGCCGUCUCGUGGAGCCUUCCUGACGGCACGCCCAUCAACAACACGCUCCAAUCAGACGUCAGCGGCUCCAGAACGCGGCGCUACGUCAUCUUCACCAACGGCACGCUGCUGCUGCGCCGCAUCAGCCAGAGCGACGAAGGCGACUACACCUGCACCGCCACCAACCGGCUGGGCACCGCCGAGCGCCGCGUCAGCGUCACCGCCCCCAAGGUGCACCAAGCCCUGGUCGUGGGUCGUCUGGGAGAGUCAGUGACGCUCAGCUGCGACGCAGAGGGAGAGCCGGCGCCCCGCAGCACCUGGAGAUCUCCUGCCAACGCAGUCAUCUCCAACGUGCCGCAGAAGUACGAGCUGCUCCACCGCGGCGCUCUGCUCAUCAGGAACCUGCGGCUCUCAGACGAAGGCAGCUACGUGUGCGCGGCGAGCGGCUCUGCGCAGACGCUGACUCUGCAGAUGGAGCCUCAGGCGCCGCUGAUAAACGGUGAGGCGGGGCGGCGCUCGCAGAUGCUCACGGCGGUGUCGUACCAGAGGGCGCUGCUGGACUGCGCCGUGGCGGCCAAGCCUGAGGCCAGCGUCUGGUGGAUAAACCCGCUCGCUCAGACUUACGCGCCGGGUUUCCUGGACGGCAGGAUCCAGGUGCACCGCAACGGCAGUUUGGAGCUGCGCGGCGUGCGGCGCCAGGACGAGGGCCGCUACACCUGCGUCGCCAGGAACGCCCUGGGGGAGGCGGCGCUGAGCGUGGAUGUGGAGGUGGCGGCCGUGGCGGAGAAACCCAGCUUCGAAUUCCCGAACGUAGAAAUGGUGUUGCUCCAGCAGCGCGGCUCGGCCCUGCGGCUGGAGUGUGCGGCGAGAGGGAAGCCCCGCCCCCAGCGGCUGUGGCUGCUGCCGAACGGCACCACGCUGCCCCCUGCUGCGCGGCUGCAGCGCUUCAUCCACGCCGCCAACGGCUCACUGCACGUCCUGCAGGCCCAGCCCACGGACGCCGGCGUGUACCGCUGUCUGGUCCAGAACGUGGCGGGCCGCGCCGAGAAGCGCUACCUCCUGCAGGCGGGACGCCGGCCGCUCAUCCACAGCUCUGCAGGUGCGGUGACGGUGUCCUUCGGUGAUGCGCUGCUCUUACCGUGUGCAGCAGACGGUUGGCCCGCGCCCUCCGUCUCCUGGACGCUUCCCAACGGAGGGAGCGCGUCGGCGCCUCAGAGCCACGUGUCGGCGCCUCAGAGCCACGUGUCGGCGCCUCAGAGCCGCGUGUCGGCGCCUCAGAGCCGCACGUCGGCGCCUCAGAGCCGCGUGUCGGUCUUCUCUAACGGAACGCUGCUGCUGCGCGGUGCGGCUGUGUUGGACACAGGUGCGUACAGCUGCAGUGCGGUAAACGCCCAUGGCCGCGCCUCGGUCUCGUACGCCGUGACGGUCGCCGUGCACUCGCCGCGUAUCAGCAGCUCUCUGAGCGCCGUGACCCGCGUGAGCCGCGGAGCACAGGUGACUCUGAGCUGCGCGGCGCACGGCGUCCCCACGCCACAGAUGUCCUGGACGCUCCCCGGCAGCAGCACCAUCUUCCCCCACAGCCGCAACAUUCUCACCCACAGCCGCAACAUUCUCCCCCACAGCCGCAACACCCUCCCCCACAGCCGCAGCACGCAGCACGGCGCGCACAUGACGCACGACGGCACUUUGCUGAUUCACCGCGUGUCUCUCACCAACUCUGGCAUCUACACCUGCAACGCCAAGAACACCCACGGAACAGACUUCAGGUCCACCUACCUACAGAGGACAGACAGCUCCCUCUGGUGGACACUAGAGGACACAGACAGCUCCCUCUGGUGGACACUAGAGGACACAGACAGCUCCCUCUGGUGGACACUAGAGGACAGACAGCUCCCUCUGGUGGACACUAGAGGACACAGACAGCUCCCUCUGGUGGACACUAGAGACACAGACAGCUCCCUCUGGUGGACACUAGAGGACAGACAGCUCCCUCUGGUGGACACUAGAGGACAGACAGCUCCCUCUGGUGGACACUAG